AUGGUGGUUUGUGGCAUCUGUGAUGAGUCGGGCCCGAAGGAGGAACUCAGCCACGAGUACAAGGGGAUGAUGCUGCACCAAGUAUGCUGGAACGGGCUGCGGGCGCACAACAACUGCAUCAAGACUGCGCCUGCGCACGUCAAGGCCCAGGUCUUUGAGGAGUUCCAGAGCGACCGCCCUGCUUGGAAGAAACGCAUGAUGGCAUGGAAGGACCCGAGCAAGCAAUCACGGGAGGUCGCUCGCAAUGACGUGGUGAAGAGUUUCAAGGCAGGUGUCGAGCAUUCGACACACCAGAGCAACCUGAGCCUUGACGAUGACAUGGUCGUCAGCCUUAUCGAGUUCCAGAGUUGGAAAGGGUUUUGGCAUCGCACGACGGACGAGCAGUCUAAGAUGGAAUUCGAGCGCUUGCACCAGUCCCAGCAGGGGCAACACGACCUCAAGGACGCCAAGGGCGCCGUCAUCGAGCGGAAGAUCGCGUACAAGGACAUCGGCAGGUUCCGCAAGGAGCGGGGCGCCACCGAGAAGUCGUUCACCAAGGAGACCUCGGAGGUGUCUGAGUUCGAGUACCAGCAGAAGCGCAGGCGUUUCUCUGUCAAAUCUGCUCCCGCUGGCCCUGGGCCCAGCUCCUUGGCAUCGGCAGCGCCCCCCCUUGAGUCAUCUACGCGGGUGUAUUCGUCGGAGCACUGGGUUGUUGGCGGGGAUUCGGCGCCGACGCGUUCCGCAGGGACUUUGAGCGCUGAGACUCUGGCUCAGAACUUGGCGAGUUCUCCCAAGGACGGCAACGACGUUGGGGCACAGGGGCGGGCGUCGGACCACGGGAAGCAGUCAUCAGCAGGAGGCGGUUCGAAGCCCAAGUUGUUCAACGCGAAGCUGGGGAUCAGCAUCGACGACCAGACCAGAGAGCGCACCAUCCCCUCGGGCCCAGAGGUAGAGGCCAUGGAGCCCAUCAGCUUCAUGGAGGCGAAGCGGCUGUGGGCCGCCAUGGCCGCACACGUCGUGAAAGGGUUUUUGGGCCCCACCAGCGGCUACGUGAAGCAGCUCAACACUGCCAGCCAGGCGGUGGGCAAGGACAAGGAAGGCGAUUUGCACCAGCCCACGUCGGAGUUGGUUGACAAGCUCACGGGCGUGGCAACGGAGCUCGAGACCUAUGUCAGCAAGUGCGGGGAGCAGUGCACCAAGGCGGAGUUCGUCAAGCACGCGGUGGUGAUGGACGCCAAGAUGACCGACCUCGACGGGCAGAGGAAGCACGUGCAGUCGCAGCUCAGCGGGCUCAAGUACUUUCAGGAGAAGUUCGGCCACAACAAAUCGAUCGCGUACAUGGGCCACUACAACAGGCGCGUCAAGACCACCAAGCGUUUGCAGAAGGGGGGCUUUGGAAAGGAAUACGCCGACGCCAUGAGUCGGGCUCUGUACGCAGCGACUGGCGACGAACAGCGAGCUUCUCUGACCGAGGCUGGAAAAGGCUCGUCCAAAGGCAAGACUAGAAAGGUGCUUCCCUUCCGAGGUGACGUCGAGGUGGACUUGGAGUUCAACGGCGACAAGGUCGCCAUGUGGAAGGACCCUGAGACAGCGACGCUCGGGGUGAUCAAGGACUUCAUCGAUAAGAACAAUGAGGCGAUCACGAGCAAGCUCAAAGUCCACCAGGAGCAGUUUGAUGAGAACGGCGCCAAGUGGAUCGGCUGUUGCGGGCGCCUGGGCUCCAGCGUCACGAAGGUGGACUUCGGCCAGGUGGGCUCGGAGGUCUACGACCUCCUCGAGGGGGGGCUGGCGCCGUGGGUCUGCACGGUGAAGCCAGACAGCCCCCGCGUGGGGCCGUCAGCGGUCCCCCUUUCGGGCUACGAGUGCGUGCUGGUGCCAUUGACGCCCAACAUGGCGUACUUCGUUCACCCCGUGGCGGAAGUGGUAGCCCAGGGGGUCUCGCUCAAAGACAUCAUGAAAUUCUUCGAGACAGAGGAAGGGGCCAAGAUCAACCAGGCUAGCUUCAUCCUCCAGCCUGAGGUCGGGCAAGCGGCCCACGUUCCGUGCGGGCACGUCGUGCAGGUGCUCUUCUACCCCGUGGAGGCAGCAGCGACCUCCAGCAAGACCUGCAACCUCGGCCACACGUUGUUCAUCCCCCUGCUGCACGGACCUGGCCUUCUUGGAUGCUCGCCCCAGGCGGCCCUCGACGCGACGAAGCACCACGCCCACAGGGCCGCGAACUGGUCCAAGGACAAGGCCUCCCAGGCCGUCUCCCACGCUGCCGGCUGGGUCGACAACAAGACUGGUAUCGGGGACCACAUCAACGCGGCAAAGCACCAUAUUAACGGGGCAGCCGAGUGGAUCGACAACAAAACCGGCGGUGCUGCUGGGGACUCGCUGGACGCCGCUGGCAGCAUGCUGCACGAGCAUGCGACGCGCGCUGCCAAUUGGACCAAGAAUGCCGCCAAGCAUCAUGGGGCCAAGGCCGUGGACUGGGUGACUGACAACGCCCAGGAUGCGCUGGGCGGCGCGGCGGAUGGCGUCAAGCACCAUGCGAGCAAGGCCAAGGCUUGGGUGGCCGACAAUGCCCCGGAUUCGGUCGGGGACGCGCUCGGUGCCGUCAGGAACCACACCAGCCGGGCCGCCAACUGGGUGGCCGACAUUGCUCCGGAUUCGCUGGGCGGCGCGGUGGAUGGCGUCAAGCACCAUGCGAGCAAGGCCAAGGCUUGGGUGGCCGACAAUGCCCCGGAUUCUGUCGGGGACGCGCUCGGUGCCGUCACGAACCACACCAGCCGGGCCGCGGACUGGGUGGCCGACAUUGCUCCGGAUUCGAUGGGGGACGCGCUCGAUGCCGUCAAGAACCAUUCGAGCCGGGCUGCAGACUGGGCGAGGGGCAAGUCACAGGACGCCCUGGAUGCGGCCAAGCACCACUCUGGCAAUGCAGCCGAUUGGGCGUUGAACACGUCCCAGGAUGCGCUGGGAGGGGCGGUGGACGCGGCCAAGCACCACACGGGCAAGGCCGCGGAGAUGUUGAAGAGCACGUCUCAGGAUGCACUUGGAGGGGCAGUGGACGCGGCCAAGCAUCACACGGGCAAGGCCGCAGAGAUGUUGCAGAACACGUCUCAGGAUGCGCUGGAUGGAGCGGUGGACGCGGCCCAGCAACAUGCGAGCAAGGCUCAGGAUGCGCUGGAUGGGGCCGUUGACGCGGCCAAGGGUCAUGCGGGCAAGGCCGCAGAGGUGUUGCAGAACAAGUCUCAGGAUACGCUGGAUGGCGCGAUGGACGCGGCCGCCACGGCCCAGAAGCAUGCGAGCAAGGCUCAGGAACAUGUUGUCUCAUGCUUCGUGCGCUUGUUUCUAUGACCUGCCUUUCCCCGUCAUUGCCUCACUGUUUGGCACGUAUGGUCGAGUUGCAGCUUGGCGCACGUUGGCACAUGUUGGUCGCAUGCCUCUGCCUGCAGCUGCAGUUGCCCAACACCCCCUAAGACCACCUUUGCAUAUUUUUGCUGGUUGACGCGCGCUCUGCAGCCGUGCUCGCCAUUCGUCGUUGCUCUGGUCCUUGUCGCGCACUCGCGGCUGGUGGUGUAUUUCGAUAGCGAGUUUGCCUGCAAGAUUUCCCGUGGCACUUCUGAGGAAUUCGUGCGCACAUUGAUGCAAAUCGCCAACUGUUCAAUACAUUCUCCAAGCGGUCCAUUCGUUGGUCACGCUCCCUCCGGAGCCGCUACAUGCUUGCGCUCCUGGACUGUAUUGCAGCAGUGAACCCAGCCCCAGUGGUGUAUUUCAAGAGCGAGUUUGCCUGGAAAAGGCGGUGCGCACAUUGAAGCAAAUCCCCACAACCCUACACUUGUUUCUCCAGGCGGUCUAUACCUUUGUCGCGAUCCCUCCGGUGCCACUGCCCGGCUGCGCUCCGGGACGGGAAUGCAACAAUGUACCCAGCCCCCAAAUUGGUACAGCAAGCAGUUCGUAGCAGCAGCAAAGGCGAAGCUCAAC